ACUGUGAGGACGUAGAGAAACGGAAUGAGAGAGACAGAGACACAGUGGGGAGAAAGAACAGAGACAGAGAGCGAAAAAGAAACUGAGUGUGAGAGAUACUUUACAGAGAAGCACACCUACAUACACUCAAAGGACAGAGAGAGAGAAAAAAGAAAACAGACAGGGAGAGGGACAAGGAGUGAGAGACAGGGAAAGUGAGAGUGUUGGAGAGAGACACAGAGAGUGAAUGAGUGUUUAGGAGAGAGGUAGAGUGUGUACAGAGAGACAGACAGGCAGGGAGGGGAGUGAGAGAGAGGGACAGGGAGUGAGAGACAGACCGACAGAGGUGAGGAGUGAUGCCUCCCCAGGUGAGUGAGGAUGUGGAGCAGUCUGAGGGGGCUUCACUCCCCCAGGAUCACCGGAGCGUCCGGGAACAGCCUGUGUGGAUCUUCGGGUACGGCUCUCUCAUCUGGAAACCGGGAUUUCAAUUCACCCGCAGGAGGAUUGGCUUUAUCCGUGGAUACAGCAGGAGGUUCUGGCAGGGAGACUCCUAUCAUCGCGGGAACCAACAGGCACCUGGCCGGGUUGUCACUUUGCUGGAAGAUGCUAAUGCUGACACAUGGGGCGUGGCUUACCAGGUCCAGCAGGACCAGCUCAGGCAUUCGCUGGAGUACCUGAACCUCCGGGAAAGCGUGCUGGGCGGAUACGUGUGCAAGACCGUGACCUUCUACUCCCGUGGGGUACAGGCCCGUGGCAGCAGCACCCUGGCACUGGUUUACAUCGCCACCCCCCAGAACCCACUCUACCUGGGCCCUGCCAAGGCUGAGGACAUUGCAGGGCAGAUCGUCCGCUCUCGUGGCCACUCGGGCCACAACCUGGAGUACCUGCUCAGGCUGGUACACUUCAUGCGCUCUGCCUGCCCAGGGGUGGAGGACAAGCACUUGUUCUCCAUCGAAGCGGCCAGCCUGGCCCUCGCGCCGGCCCCGGCUGAUCGGCAAGCGUAGGUGGCGCCCGGGUGUGCCUGAACCACCUCGGAAGUGACACGCACGGGGUGACGGAGCCCAACAGCCGAAGCCUGUGCCGGCCGUACUGUUCGUCCACCACCUCUUCAGAGCUCCGGCUCGACGUGGUACGAUUCCCAAAGUACGAACCCCUUCCAGCACCUCGCCAUCAGCUGUAGCUGCACGUGUGGGGAGAUCGGAUUUUUAGACAAACAUUAUAACUCUGUUGGAGUGCGCGGCUGGUGUGUUGAGGUGGGUGUGUGGAGUUGGCGCUCUAGUCUAUGUUCAGUCUUCAGGUUCUUAUCACCUACUGUAUCACUGUUGCCAACAACUAUGUUUGUUAUUUUUUAACUUAUUAUUUAUAAUUAAUAAAUGCUGUUUGCUGA